GUUUUGUGAUUUAAUUAGACACGGUGGUUUGUGAGAGAAGGGGAGAGAACGAGAAACACUCUGCGUUGCCGGGAAGGAUAAAAGAGAGAAUAGCCUGCAAUUCUCACAACAGAUCUUUGCUCCAGACGUUUCCGGCUACCUGAUCUCCCCUUAAUCAUGACGACAUCAAGGCGCUUGGCUGAUAAGAAGGUGGAGAAGUUCGAGAAGAACAUUAAGAAGAGAGGACUUGUUCCGGAGACAACCACUAAGAAGGGAAAGGACUAUCCCGUUGGUCCUAUUGUGCUGGGAUUCUUCGUUUUCGUUGUCAUUGGAUCAUCUCUCUUCCAGAUUAUCAGGACAGCUACCAGUGGAGGCAUGGCCUAAUCACCAAUUAACAGAGCAAUUGAGAAAUGGCAACUGAUGUAAUGCUUUUUUCUCACUUAAAGUUUUACAUUUGCAUCUAUUUUGUAGGAAAUUGACGAUAUAUAUUUGUUAGACAAGUGCGUGUUGUGAAGAACCAACAUUUAAAAUAA